AUGGCGAGAUACACAACUACCCCUUCAUACUCGAGUAAGAUUCUCCUGCGGGGAAGCUCAGACUAUGAACGCUGUCGUCGUAACAACCCAACCGCGGAUACGCCAGAGCGUUAUCCACGAGAGAUCCAUGUUGUCACAUCGCCAGAGGAGGUCGCAACGGCACUGAAACGUGCGACUGAUUUGGGCACACAAAUUGGCAUUCGGUCCUCGGGUCACAUAAUGAACAUGGGAAACCUUAUCCAAGACGGCAUUCUUAUCGACACCGUCAACCUGAAUCGUUAUAUCGACUAUGACCCAGUAUCACAUGAGAUCUGCUUUGGACCUGCGUGUCGAACUGAAGAAUUAUCAUCUAAACUCGCAGAAGUCAAAAGGUUCUUUCCUCACGGACACGCACCAACAGUCGGGGCUGCUGGUUUCUUGCUCGCUGGUGGUCAAGGGUGGUUCUUGCGAGGCUGGGGUGCAACCAACCAGACAUGGAUCAACAAGAUGGAAAUUGUUGUUCCGGACGGUCGGACUGUGAUUGCAAGCCCAACAGAAAAUGUUGACCUGUGGUGGGCUGCUAGAGGCAGCGGUCUUGGAUUCUUCGGCGUAGUCACUCGCUUCUGGUGCAGGACUAUCCCCGCCUCUACUAUGUGGGAAAGAAUCUUCAAAUUCGAGCUCGGCAACAAGUACGAGGAAUUGAUGACCUGGGCAAUUGAAAGGGGCCGUGACACACCAAAGUAUGGAACCGACCUCAAUCUUACUAUCGAUUUUGCCGAAAAAUAUGACCCAUCAUACACGACAGAUGACAUCCCGGCUGGUGCUAAGCUCGUCUUGACCUUGAACUUGCUCUGCUAUAGCGACACACUCCGCGAGGCUAGGACAUUGUUAGGCGCAUAUGAUAAAAUCCCUUCAUCAGUUCGGGAACAAAUCAUUGAGAUGAGACCGGUUGAGAAGAGGACAUUCCAAGAAGUCUUUGAUCGCAAGCGAGGCUUCUUGGGAAAUGAUAGCACACAGAGAUGGCAGAUCAACAGCAUCAUGAAUGAUCCCAAGGUUCCGCUACCCAAGCUGCUGGCUGCGAUCAAACCUGCUCUUACUGAGUUCCCCACAAGAACAACGUCUGUCUUCAUGUGCCACUGUGAUAUCAUGCCCAACGAAGAAGACGGCGCCUUGAGCUUAGUCCAAGACCUUUAUAUCUCCACCAUCACUGGUUGGACCGAUCCCAAGCUCGAGCCUGCCAUCUACCAGCCCAUGCGAGAGAAGUAUUUCAACGCCUGGCCAGUAGCUGUUGGACAAUACAUUACAGAGAUUGACAUGAACAACGAUGACGCAAACAUGAAGGUACUGUCCGACACGGCAUUGGCCAAGUUCCUCAAAAUUAGACAGAAGUGGGAUUCUGCUGGUUUGUUUCCUAACUACAAGAAGUUUGUCACUGCAGCGGACAAGAUGAACGCCCUCAUUGCCCAGAGCCAGAAGGCUCGUCUAUAG